GGCGCCGAGCCGGGCGACCGCCGCAGCGGGCACAACCCGGGGCCACCGCGCGGAGCCGGAGCGGGAGUGGCCCCGCGCACGCAGGGAGCGGCGCCGCGCACUCCAGCCAGGCAGGCACCUCGGGGGCGGGGGCGGGCGCGGGGCGCAGCCGUCUGGUCUCAGCGGCUCUGACAAGCGCCCCAGGGCGGGGAGCCGGGCUGCCCGGCGCGGGGUGGGCGCGGACGCGGGCGCUGGGCUCGUGCGGGGCCCCGGGCGUCGCGAUGAACAUCGUGGUGGAGUUCUUCGUGGUCACUUUCAAAGUGCUCUGGGCGUUCGUGCUGGCCGCCGCGCGCUGGCUGGUGCGGCCCAAGGAGAAGAGCGUGGCGGGCCAGGUGUGCCUGAUCACGGGCGCCGGCAGCGGCCUGGGCCGCCUCUUCGCGCUGGAGUUCGCCCGGCGCCGGGCGCUGCUGGUGCUCUGGGACAUCAACACUCAGAGCAACGAGGAGACGGCGGGCAUGGUGCGCCACAUCUACCGCGAUCUGGAGGCGGCGGACGCCGCGGCGCUGCAAGCUGGGAAUGGUGAGGAAGAAAUUCUGCCCCACUGUAACCUGCAGGUUUUUACCUACACCUGUGAUGUGGGAAAGAGGGAGAAUGUCUACCUGACGGCCGAAAGGGUCCGCAAAGAGGUUGGCGAGGUCUCAGUCUUGGUGAAUAAUGCCGGUGUGGUUUCGGGGCAUCACCUCCUGGAAUGUCCUGACGAGCUCAUUGAGAGAACCAUGAUGGUCAAUUGCCACGCACACUUCUGGACCACGAAGGCUUUUCUUCCGACCAUGCUGGAGAUUAAUCACGGUCACAUAGUGACAGUUGCAAGUUCCUUGGGAUUGUUCAGUACCGCUGGAGUAGAGGAUUACUGUGCCAGUAAAUUUGGAGUCGUGGGUUUCCAUGAAUCCCUGAGCCACGAGUUAAAGGCUGCUGAGAAGGAUGGAAUUAAAACAACGUUGGUUUGCCCUUACCUGGUGGACACUGGCAUGUUCAGAGGCUGUCGGAUCAGGAAAGAAAUCGAGCCUUUCCUGCCCCCGCUGAAGCCCGACUACUGCGUGAAGCAGGCCAUGAAGGCCAUCCUCACCGACCAGCCCAUGAUCUGCACCCCGCGCCUCAUGUACAUGGUGACAUUCAUGAAGAGCAUCCUCCCUUUGAAGCCGUCGUGUGCAUGUACCGGUUCCUAGGAGCAGACAAGUGUAUGUACCCCUUUAUUGCUCAAAGAAAACAAGCCACAAACAAUAACGAAGCAAAAAACGGCAUCUGAGAAUCUUCUUUUGUGCGGAAUAUCACUUCUCUCCGGAGACGAUGAAGCUGUUUCAGUCUGGUCCACAUCCACGUUAGCGACCUUCUCUGGAUUCUAAAUCAUGUCGACUUUUUUCUUUUUUUUUUAAUCAACUUUUUUUUUAAAAAAAUAAAGGGUAAAUUCACUGACUAGAGGACUUGGAAAAUGUGAUCUGCAAAUGUGAGCUCAAGUUGUUGCCAACAGGGUCCCUUUUAGGCAGAACCCCCAAAACCAGUCUAAUCUUUUAGACAAGCACUGUGUGUCAUCUCCAGGCUACCAUUAUUUUUUUUUUUAAUGAGCAAAAAGUCUAGAGAUGAUGACGACAGUGUGUUUCAUGUGUGUGGUUUCUUUUAAUCCCAUAGUGUUUAUUAAUUCUUGUCAUUAGACUCUGUAGUCAGUUGACACCCUUGCAACUUCAAGGACUGAUAGCACUCUUAUUUUCUCAUGUUUCUGAGUUUCGGCUUUGCAAAGCCUGUGUGGCUUUUUCAUGGUGUUGUGUGUACAGCGCUUUUCAAAAGGAAUUUUGAAAUCUCCAUCAGUUGGAAUUAAAUGAUAUUUGAUUGUUACAGUAACGGUGAUCAGGUCCUUUCUUAAAGUCAUAGUGACUGAGGUUGUUAGCCGAAUUUUAAAUUGUAUCUCUGAAUCUGUUCUUAAGUAUCUAUUACUCUGGAGACCUAAUUAUCAAAAAAAAAAAAAAAA